AAACACCUCCAUUUUCCAACUUCUUUCCAUUUCACUUCAUAUUUUUUUUUCUAUGAUGAAACUAGGCUUUGAAGUCCUUCAUGCAAAUCCAAACAUGAUUCAUCAUCCACACAUGCAUGAAACAUGGGACUACACAAUCAUUACAAAUGACUUAUUAUUGCCACCUCCAAUCCAAACAAAUCCUUAUCCAAAACCACUAACCGAAAACCACUCCUUAAACUUAGCACAAAAUAAUGAGAUAUGUGAUUGGGUUGAACACAUUACUAAACACUUUGUUGAAGAUCACGUACAACAAAGCUCUUCUGAUAAUCAUAGUAUUCAUAAUCUUCACACUCAAACAAACACCUCAGACUUAGUUCAUAAUCAUAACCAUAAUAGUAAUGAUUCUGAAUGUGAUCAAGGGUUGAAUUUGAUAACCCUUUUAAUGGAAUGUGCAGUGGCAAUUUCAGUUGAAAAUCUUGGUGAAGCCCAUAGAAUGUUACUAGAGUUAACACAAUUAGCUUCACCUUAUAAAACAUCAUGUGCUGAGCGUGUUGUUGCUUAUUUUGCAAAGGCAAUGAUAAGUAGAGUCAUGAAUUCAUGGCUUGGACUUUGUUCUCCUUUGAUUGAUCAUAGAACCAUUCACUCUGCACUCCAAGUCUUCAACAAUAUUUCUCCUUUCAUCAAGUUUUCACAUUUUACUUCAAACCAAGCGAUUCUCGAAGCGGUGAAUCGUUGUGAGAAAAUUCAUAUACUUGAUUUGGAUAUCAUGCAAGGUCUUCAAUGGCCGGCUUUUUUUCACAUACUCGCGACUCGGAUGGAGGGUCGACCUACGGUUCGAAUGACGGGGAUGGGAGCGUCGAUGGAGCUUCUUAUUGAGACGGGAAAAAAUCUCUCGAAUUUCGCGAGAAGGCUUGGUUUGUCUUUGGAGUUUUACCCUCUAGCAUGUAAAUUUGGUGAAGUUGUUGAUGUUUCCAUGUUGCAAAUUAGGCCUAAUGAGACACUUGCAGUGCAUUGGUUGCAACAUUCUUUGUAUGACUCAACUGGACCUGAUUGGAAAACAUUGAGACUUCUUGAGGAGUUGGAACCAAGAAUCAUAACUUUGGUAGAACAAGAUGUUAACAUUGGAGGCUCAUUCUUGGACCGUUUUGUCGGUUCGUUACAUUACUAUUCUACACUUUUUGAUUCUCUAGGAUCAUAUUUGCAUAGUGAUGAUUCUAACAGGAACAUUGUUGAACAUGAUCUUCUAUCUAAAGAGAUUAACAAUAUAUUGGCCAUAGGAGGACCUAAGAGGAGUGGUGAAGAAAAGUUUAGGCUUUGGAGAAGUGAACUUGUAGGAAGAAAUAGUUUUGAGCAAGUUCCAAUGAGUGGUAAUUCAAUGGCUCAAGCACAGUUGAUAUUGAACAUGUUUUCACCAGCUCAUGGUUAUAGUGUUGCUCAAGUUGAUGGCAUGUUAAGGCUUGGUUGGAAGGAUACUAGUUUGUAUACAGCUUCUUCGUGGACUUGUAGAGAUUCUAGGUAGCUUUGUUUAAGGUUUGAGUUUGUUUGUGUGUUGAAACAGUUGA